ACUUUUUUGUUCUAAAAUAUGUGUAUAUGUUUAAUACUUCUCUGAAUGAAAUCAAUUCCUUAUGCAUGACUUUGUAUAAGAUUCAAUAUUAUAUAUACCUAUGAUAUGCUUUUAAAUUGAGUCAAAGGAAUUCAUCUCAAGUACUGGGUUGAGAAUUUAAGACUAUUUAAUUCUAUAGACGUCAUCUUGUUUGUUUUUUUAAACUUGAUGUGAAAAUACGGAGAAGUUAAAAACAUGAGGUCAGCAACAUAUAUCUGAAUAAAAACGGAGUCAUAUUUCAUCUGGACCAGUGAAUUGUAACUAAACUGUGACCAUGGUUUUGAUAUUCAUUUACAUGAAAAAAUUAGUGAAGUUUUCCUCGGAGUUAGGUUUAGAAAAAAGUUAAAAGGAAAUCAAAAUAUUUAACAUCAAAUUAAAGGUUACAGAGUAAAGGUGCCUCAUUCCAUAGUAUGACAGUGAUAUUAGCUGACCAUGUGCCCAGCCUUGUUCAUCACCAUGGUAACCACACUCCCCACCCUGGUUCUCCUGUCCCUGGUACCUGGGCUCAUGGCGCUGCAGUUCCUGGAGGAGCCCACAGGCGCUGUUGUAGAGUUUAACAAGCCUUUCUGGCUGCACUGUAGAGCUGAACACAAUGGUUUGGAAAUCACUUACAACUGGGAACACAACGCUCGACUUCUUCCGUUUCAUGAGAACCAGGUUAUUUAUAGUAACGGGACCCUGUACCUCCGCCGUGUAACAUAUGAUGAUGUUGGCAACUACACCUGUUCAGCAAGAUACAAUGGGGUAUACAUCCGCAGUAGAAAUGCUUCAUUGGAUAUUGCCACCAUCAGUCCCACAUUCAACAUCCACCCGGUGUCACGGACUGUGUUGCUAGGCGACCGCGUGGAACUUGUAUGUGAAAUCACCAGUCUGCCACCUGCAAAUAUUACUUGGACACUCGAUGGUGAACUAGUUUCACAAGACACAGUCAACAUUGGCAACAAUGGGGAGAGCAUCCUGGUCAUGGAUCCGGUCAUGUACGACCAGGCAGGCCGGUACAAAUGUAUGGCUACCAACUCUGUGAAUCACGUGCACAGAUUUAGCUUGGAGGGGAAACUCACAGUGCAAGGCCAGCCUGUGUUUCUAGCGUCCCUGAAGGCUGUGAGUGUUCCCCUUGGAUACACGGCAACCUUCACCUGCAGUUACCAUGGCAACCCCGACCCAGAUAUCACAUGGUACCGGCACGACCUCAGCGACCUUGGUGAUGUCACAAGCAUGCGACUGAAUAACUCCUCGAAAUAUGCUGUAUACCCAAAUGGAACACUGCAAGUCUAUAAAGCUACAUAUGAAGAUGAGGCGUUCUACACGUGCACCGCUGGAAAUGUUUUCGGAGAAUUAUCUGACUCAGCAAAACUUAAUAUAACUGGUAAGGCCGAAGCCCCGCUGUUUAUCCAGGUGCCGCAAAAUGUGACUGUAACUAAGGGAGAUGGGGCUAGUCUUUACUGUGACUGUGGAGGGAAACCUGACCCCCUCAUAACAUGGCGGAAGGGCCAGAAGGAGGUACCAUCAGACAACGGAACUCUGACAAUACAGAGUACCCAGUCUACUGACACAGACUGGUAUACAUGUGUCUGUGCAAAUGGAGAAGGUUCAGUGAACCAGUCUGCUUUUGUUGAUGUACAAACCCAUCCAAGUUUCCCCUCCUUACCCCCGGCUAGCCAGAUUGUCCUUAAGGGUGAGGAGUUGACCCUGGAUUGUGUUGCAGAGGGAAACCCGACACCGACCAUAACCUGGGACACACCUAGCAGAGGUCAGUCUUUGACAAUGGCUGAUUCCACUGCCAGUGUGACCUUGACUUCAAGUGGCAGUUUGAGAGUGAAGGUUAUGACCUUGGCUGAUACUGGGGAGUACACAUGCACUGCCAGCAACCAUGUGGGAACUGCCCUGGUUUCUACAUUAGUAAGAGUGGAAGCACCUCCAGUGAUGACAGUGCGACCAGUCAGCCAGGGUGUUGUUGUGAACCAGUCUGUAUAUCUUCACUGUAAUGCUAGUGGAGUGCCCUCUCCAGUGAUUAAAUGGUCAAUUGAUGGCCGAGGGGACAUUUUAUCAACUAUUCACACACAGGUGUUUAUGAACCACAGCCUGGUUGUACGAGAUGUCGCUGUGUCAGACAGCGGAGUAUACAGAUGUACAGCCUCUAACCCUCAUGGCCAGGCACAGGCUGUGGCUACUGUCACCGUCACAGUUCCCCCAAGCUUCAGUGUGGUUCCCAGCAAUGCUACAGUUGAAGUUGGAGAGAGUGUUGCCCUGCAGUGUCGUGCUGACGGGGAACCGGUACCAGACCAAUGGUGGACCAGAGAUGGACGGCAGCUUGUGCUGGAUCACAACAUGAUAAUGUCUGUUGACAAGACUGGUCUGGUUAUCCUUGCCAUCCAGCCAGGUCAGUUUGGUCAGUACAGCUGUCAGGCUUCAAACCUCGGCGGAACAGCCUCUGUGUCUGCAUGGGUCACAGAGUUCGAUGUUCCUGUGUUCAUCAGCCCUCCUCAGAAUAUGACUGUGAACCAGUCUGCUAGUGUUACCUUGACCUGUACCGGAAGUGCCCGGGAACCGCCCUCCACAGACUGGUUUAAGGGACAAUUAGGGCAGGCUAUCCAGAGCCAGGAUGCUGGGGGCAGAGUUACUGUUACUGGAGAGGGAAAUUUAGUUAUUCAGGGUGUAUUGAAGUCUGAUGAGGACUGGUACACAUGUGUGCUGAGAAACUCUGCAGGCAGUGUAAACCAGUCUGCCUUCAUACAUGUACAGGUUCCUCCAAAAAUCACAAGCACAAACACCCCACAACUCACAACUGUCCAAUCAGCAGUCACCCUCACCUGUCAAUCAUCUGGUGAUCCCGUCCCCACAUAUGAAUGGCUCACUCCCAUUGGUCAGCUGGCCACAUCCACGCGUGUUACACACAACACGCACACCAUACAGGAAGUGAGACAGGAAGAUGCUGGUGACUGGACUUGCCGGGCUUGUAACCUGCUGGGCUGUGAUACAGCUGUGGUGGCCAUCAUUAUUGAAGGACUGCCAGAGAUCCAGGGCCUCACAGGUGAGAGGUCAGGUAGUCAGGUGAUAUUGGAAUGUUCUGUUGCUGGGCAACCACCUCCAGCUGUGACCUUCACCUCCGGGGCUCAACUGGUGACCUCUGACACGGAUAGUCAUGCUGUCGAGGGCAACAGACUGGUUAUAGAGGGAGAGAGUGUGAGGGAGGAGUAUACAUGUGUUGCCACUAACAACCAGGGAACAGCUACCAGGGCUGUGUCAGUGGCAUCAGAAACACCAGCCCCUAAAGUGUUGGACAAGGGCUCAAGUUGGGUAACUGUGCAGUGGACCUUGCCUGGGAGUGAGGGUAACCUCCCAUUAUUGCAGUUUGUUGUACAAUAUUCCUCCAACGGAGGCAGAUCUUGGACCGAUGCCAUGACUAUGCCCUACAGUGGUGGUCAAGGUGGAAGAAACCUUGGUCAGUGGGAAGGAAAUGUAACAGAUCUGGGCGCCUACACAGAGUACAGUUUUCGAGUGCUGACUGAAAAUGUGCUGGGUAGAGGACAAGGCAAUGCUUCCUCUAGUGUUCAAACUGUAGCUGGAACGCCUUCCCCACCCACCAAUGUCCUGGGCCUGGAGAUCAAGCAGGGAACCAUCCUCUUCAUGUGGGACCCACCGGCCAAGCUGAAUGGACCCAAAGGUGACAUCCAGUUCCCAUACACGGUGAUUGAGGUGAGGGAAGGGAGGCGACUCUUGUUGGCACAGGGAGUAGUCAACAGUAACCAGACAUACCAGGUUGAAAUCAAUGGUCUUGGGGAGUCCACCUACAAACUGUCAGUGUGGAGUCACAACACGGCACUUAACCUCUCCAGCGAACAUGUUUCGUUUGACCUUGACAUGUCCUCCGGGGUUAUUGUUAAUCCCAAUUCUACCCCUGGUCAGUCCACUCUGCCUGCAGAGAAGAUUAUAGCCAUCAUAUUUGGUGGACUAGGCGGGCUGAUACUGGUUGCCGUGGUUAUUUUCAUCAUUCUACGUGUCCGACACCAGCGCAAGUCCAAGUCUCUGUCACUUGUGAACCACCAACUCUCGCUGGACCAGUUCUACAUGGAAAACCCCAGAUCGCUGUAUGAUGAAGACACCAAAUCAUCAAAACGAAUCAGCCGUAUCAGCUUCUACAGUUUUGACGAGAACUUCCAGAGUAAUAGAUCCCUAAACAAGGCAGGGAAGGGAUCACCACAUCGAGACUCUUUGAUACAAACUGACGUACAGCUGAUCUCAAGGAGUCCCCUACAAAAUAACUAUGAUAAACAAGCAUCAUUGAACAAAAGCAUUUCAUCCCUUGUUGAAGCUUCUACCUCUACAAAUGGCCGCAAGCCAGCUCACCGACUCUCAUGUACGCCUCAGAAAUCCCUGGAGAGUAUUCCAGACACCAGUGCAAUAGAAGAAACAGAUAGUAAAACAUUUAGUGUCUCAAAUGUGAAAAGCUCAACUCCAUGUAGUAAAGCAUUGAGGUCUACAAAGAGACCCCUCAGCCUACCUGUGGAGACCAUUAGGUAUGAGAAGUAUGGGGAGAAGGAGGGGGAGUCUAUUUGUGAAGAGUAUUCAAAGGGGGAUCACUCUGAGAGAAGGAAAUCAUUAACUCCCCUGUCUGCCAAAGAUCUGGAGGAGGACCUGUCUAAUAUAUAUGGAUCCGUUCAAGAAAUCCAGUCUGUGAAUGGAGUGAACAAGUCCCUGGAACAUAUUUAUUCCAGUGUCCAUAGCAACAGUCCUGUGACUUCAGUGCCUAUACCUAAAUCAGUGCCUGAUGACCAAUCAGAACACUCAAAUAGGUCAUGUGAUCCAAAACCACCAAUCAGAGUCAUUUCACCAGCAUACUUAAAUGGUUCAAAGAAAACUUCUCAACUUUCUCAAAGCAAAACAGACAAAAAUAGUAAUUACAAAUACGCAUCAAACAAAGUGAAAGAUAUGGACUCAAGAUUUCCCAGGGAAACUAGAUCCAUGUCUCCAAAAGGAGAGUAUUUGAAAGAUAAACUUCCAGUCAGAGUUGUUUCCCUUGAACAUGUUGGUGAUGAGGGUUGUUAUGCCAAGAUUGAGAAAGGGCCGAUAAAAAAGCACUGUGCUUUUGAUGGAAACUGUGAUUUAGGGCUGCACUUUCACUGUUAUGGCAAGAGGCAAAGUGGUGCUAGUGAUGAAAAAGAUACUGACGUGAGAGAACGUUUACUAAAUGGCAACAAUGUUGAGGACAAAAACAAGAAAAACAAGAAAAAUGUGGUAGAUGACAAUUUCCUUUCUGAGGAAGAGAUUCAACUUGAGGUAGAAAGUGCACAAUUGUAUUAGUGGGUAAUAGUGUCUUUAAAUGAAAAAAUAUGUGCAAUUUCCCAGAUUGAAUGCUUAAUUCUGUCACAUUUAUGUUCAGCAUAAUCCUAGUAUAUAUUGAUAUUGGUACAUUUAUUUUGUUAAUAAUACUCAAACAAUUACAAUAGAAAAUGAAUACAAAAAGCUGUUCCAGGAUUAUGCUCAGCCAUGUUCUUGCUUACAGUCCUUGCAAUGUGUUCAGGAUGCUGAGAUUACUAUAUGGUGUUCCGAGUGGCUCAAAAGUUUACUAUCAACAAGAGUAAGACAAAAGAUACAACUACAGUUUAGGCUAUAAAUAGAAUACAACAACAGUCAUACAUUACAGCUGAAGCUAUAUCCAUAGCUAUAAUUAAAAUCAAUCUGUAGUGAAUAUACAGCAGUAGCUGGUGGCCUUUGUCAAAUAAACGUAUGAAAUUGAAUUGAAUACAGCAGUAGCUGUAUUUCGGCGCCAGACGAUAAGCUAUAGCUUUUUUUCAUUGUUCUUGCUUUACUUGAAAAUACAACAACAGCUACACACUACAGCCAUGGCUAUAAAUAAACAGCUGUAGCUGUAUGCCAGCUGUAACUGUAUGCUCUAUAUUCUAUCGGUCAAUGUUGUAAUUUUGUAACUUUUGGGCCACUCACUACACCAUAUUACUGGGUAUUAAAAACUGUUGUUUUUUUUUAGUUUAUUUGAUUUGUAAUUAAUUUCAUAUACAUUAUAUACAUCUCUGAUCAUGUUAGUGCUCAUUUACAAGAAAUAGAAGUUUUAUCUGUAUAUCCAUUUUAGAAUGGUAUUAUUAUUGUUUACAUUCUCAUUUUACAUGAACUUUUUCAUUCAGGCAUGUCUUUUUGAGAUUGCAAAAUUGUGCAUUGUUUAAAUGUAUGUAUAUAGGCUGUGAUAACAUUAUUUUGUAUACUAUUGACUUGUUUUGAUCAGAUGUUAUAGUUUGUAUUUAUUGAUUAUUGACACAGUUAUUUAUUGUCAAGGUUAAUUUAUUUCUGGACAUGAGAAAGGUUUUGGGCUUCUUUUAGCCCACCAGUGUAUGGAUACAACCUAGUUUUGAAGUAAUCAACAAGUUUUAUACAGUCAUCCAGAUAAGACUUUUGUAUGAAAAAGCUCAAAUUCUUUCAUUAUUGCUUGGCAUCAAAUUUUUUGAAACAAGCCCUGCUGUAUAAAAUCCAGAAUUUGAGCAAGCCAGGAAAGCAUUUUACCAGUACAGGGCUUAUGUUCUUGUGCUAAUUUCAACCAGUUUAUGAAGCUUUAAAUUAAAUGAAUUGUUUAUAAGAAACAUGUAUGUUGUAGUUUGCAUGCAUUACUAUAAACAGAUUUCCCAAUUAACUGGGACAUGAAUUAAGUAUCAUUCAAUCAAGAGUUAUGGUACCCGAUUAAAAACUUGCACAAAGCUGUUAAUGAACCAGGUAACAUCUCUCUUCAUUUAAUCAAGUUCAAAUUAUUGCCUUAAGUACAUGUCAGGCAAAAUGACAUAUACGCAAAAUCCAUUAAGAUUGGCCUCGUUAAUUACCUACUUUGUUUUACCAAAGAAUGUAUUUAAUUUUAUUCCAUGUGCGUUUGCUUAUCAAGGGUUAGCAUGUGACUAGUAAAUAUCUACAUUAGUUCAACAGUUGAGUUUUAAUAUCAGGGUGCUUCCACAUCAUGUCAAUUAAUUUUUGUAGCAGUGAAAAAGUGCAGCUUCUUUUUUCAAACAGCUGGUUUUCUGUUCAAUUCAAAACAGUGUUUCAGUGCAUGUACAUCCCACUUAUUUACAUAAAUUAUUUUUUGAUGAGCAUAAUAUAUUGAUAAGAUCAUGUAAUAGGUAAUUCAAUGCCUGCUUCAUGUAAAAUAAUGGUUGUUGAAAAGUGAUUAUUUUUGUACUUUCAAGAGAAUUCAAUAAAAUACUCCUCAAUCACAAA